AUGGCAAGUCUUCGGUUUCCAUCCAAUUACGAGGAAGAGUUGGGACGUCGUGGAUCACUUAGCGAAGUGUUUAUGAAAACACAUACUCGGGCUGAUGGAAUUUUUGUGGAUCAAAAAGCGAAACAAGUUGCUGAGACCUAUGAGAAGACCAUAGAAGAGAAAUUGUCUGAAAUGAAUGAGGAUGGUCUACAUACUUCAGAUAAUUCCCCUGAACAUUCAAGUCAUCGAACUCUCAACAUUGGUCAAAAGAAUGAGAUCUUUCUUCAGUGUACUCAGACAAAUAUCAAAGGCAACCCUUUUAGCUUUGGAUCUCUUGUCGAGACACUUAACAAAAGAAAAAGGAAUGAGAGCUAUGCGAGCCCAUCAACUGUUCAGGAUCUUCAAGAUCAACUUCGGCGCAAGAUAGCUGAACACGAGGCUGAAAAUGCACGACGUGAUGAGGAGCAUCGACAGUCUCAGGCUAGCUUCCAAAAGCUCCUCGCCUUCAUGAAAGAAAAAAAUCCUGAGUUGGCCGAGUUUAUGGCUUCUGCUUCUACUGACCAUGAACCAGCCACACAAGCCAUGAGAGUAGGCACCACACAAGCCACGGCAGCUGCCAGUUCUCCUUUGUCUAACACUUCUUCCACCCAAUGA